AUGAUGUGGUCUUCUACUUUUGAAUUAGAUAUUACACCAUCAAUGCAAUAUUUCAAAUCACUUUUACAAAAGUAUAAUCUCAAUAUGAUGAACAAACAUCUUUUAACUCUAACAAAUGAAGAACAAGAGAAAUUGAAUCAAAUUUCUACCAUUAUGAGAGAAACUAAUCUUCCAUAUUUGGAACAAUUAUUGAAUAAGAGAAUGCCAAAUCAAAAGUAUUUCUUUGGUGAUGAAUUUGAUGUGUUGGAUAUUUGUCUUGGAUUUUGUUUGGGAGGUGCAGAGUUUUGCAAUUUAUUGAAUAAUUUUCCUCAUUGUAAAGAAUAUUGCACAAUUGUUAAUUCAAGACAAGGUAAUUUAAAAUCAUUACAACAAAUGAUGAACAUGAUUGAAUCACUUUCCAAUUCUAAUAAUAGUAUGGAAAGUAAAAAGAAGGAAGAAGAAGAAUAA